GCGUGGCGGUUAACGAACAACACAACGCGUUGGGGGCAAACAUUGGGUUGAGUAUUCGAGCGACAGUACUCGUACAAGCAGUGGCAGAACGUGUCGCGCCGCUUCGCAUCAGAUCGCAUCAAUUAUACCGAUCGUACCGUAGUAUAUCGCAUCGCAGAGUAACGCAUCGAAUCGAAUCAGAUUUGAGCUCAACGGUGGCGUAUUCAUAGUAGUACUUACGACAGAUUAAGCUUUGGUUGAUUGAUGGCUGAUCAUUGAGUGAUUGCGGAUGGCUUUUUUCAAUAAACGUGCGCGCAUCAAUUACACGGAUAAGAAGUCAUAGCCGAAAGUUCAUUUGAUUUUUGACAUUUCACGCGAUCAAUAGAAAAUGAAAUUUGUCUUUCUUUGUGACAGAACUGAGAGCUGAAUUUUUCAUGUGCUAGAAGCCUGAAUGGAAAUCGUUGUUGUUUCAGAUUAGGCCGAUUGUCUAAAAAAAAAGGUUGUUUACAUGCACAUAUGUAUGUAAGUUCGUGGGCGAUCUCUCCACAUUUGGAUACUAACUACCAUACAUCAAAUGAACUGACCAAUAUGUUGGAUAUAUGCAAAGUGAAGUGAUCGCGAAUUUAAUAUUUUUUUGAUUUUACCGUAUCAACUCCAAAUAAAUGCCAAGAACUGUGCUGUGGUCUGCGCUUUCAGAGCAUUUACGGGAGCAGUUAAUAGUGCAAAAUACAUAGAUAAACAAAAUUGAUUCGAUUCUCUGUUGUGCGCUGCCAAUUAGGUGUGAAGUGCAAGCCAUUCUACUAACAAAGAAGAAAAGGGGAAAAGUGUUAAUAAAAAUUCGGACUGCUGCAUAACAAAAUUUUCAUACAAUGUGCGCUUCAAAUGUACUUCGAAAUUGCUAAAAAAGAUUAUUAUUAAAAGAAAAUAAAAAAAACAUAGAUAUUUAGCAUAUAUGGACAUAUGUAUGUAUGUAUAUAUGUAAGUGAAUUUAUGUAGACAGUGCAAGUUUUCUCACAGUGACAAUUACUCAUAAUUAUAGCCACAAUUAACACAGUUUAACACUUUACGCGUCUGGAAAUUCCCCAAAGACAGAAUAAAAAACGGCGAAAAAGCGGUUAAAAAUAAUUUUUAACUAGCGGCAUUACACAUGGAUCCAGAAAAUCAGUGCCCACAGUAUGGCGAAGUGAAUCAGCUUGGCGGAGUGUUUGUGAACGGUCGCCCACUACCGAAUGCGACGCGCAUGCGUAUUGUUGAGUUGGCGCGCCUCGGCAUUCGACCCUGCGACAUUUCCCGUCAAUUGCGAGUUAGCCACGGAUGCGUCUCGAAAAUAUUGGCACGCUAUCAUGAAACGGGCUCCAUCCUACCCGGCGCUAUAGGCGGAUCAAAGCCGCGCGUCACCACCCCAAAAGUGGUGAACUAUAUACGCGAACUCAAGCAGCGAGAUCCCGGUAUUUUCGCUUGGGAGAUCCGCGACCGUCUACUUACCGAAGGAAUCUGUGAUAAGACUAAUGUGCCCAGCGUCAGUUCGAUUUCGCGAAUAUUGCGUAAUAAACUCGGCUCCAUUGGACAUCACCACCAUAGCGCCGUAGCCGUGGUGGCAGCAAACAGCACAACUUCUUCACCCCAUCACCAUACGCACACUCAUACACAUUCACAUGGACAUCAUCAUACGUCAGCACAUAAUGCAAGCGUCUCAGCGGUAGCUACAGCAGCGCAUCAUCAACAUGCCGCCGCUGCGGCUGCUGUACACGCACAUCCACACCUCUACAAUUCCAUUUACCAGCCAUAUACUGCGUAUAGCAUGAAAACGGCCGUAUCUUGUGGCAGUCCCUCACCGCCGCAAUCCACACAAACCACACAUCAGUUGCGUACAGCAGCGGCCGCGGCAGCUGCGGCACAUUGUUGGCCUUCAUCCCAUUCGGUUAGCGACAUUUUGGCGCACCAUCAGGCGGCGGCGUUACGCGCCAGCUGUCAGGUGGGCAACACAAUGGGCACACUACCGGCCGCGCUGCCAAUGACACCAUCACCUAUGGGCGGCAUGAUGGGCGCGGGAACUCAACAAUUGCUAGGCAACGAUGAUUGCGAUGGCAUGGCGAAUAAUGCGGCGACAGCGACACAGGUUGCAGUGGCAGCAGCGGCGGCGUCACAACAGCCCUACAAUUACUAUAUGUAUUUCCAAAAUACCGGCAUGCAUCAUCAUCAUCAUCAUGGUGGCAUGAUGGCGGCUGGGGCGACUGGAUUAUGAGAUUUGCAUUAGGAGGAGAAUAAGUUUAGGGGGGAGAACGCGGAAAUCGUAAAAUAAGCAGCUGGAACAAAGCUAAAGUAGUCGUUGUUGGUAGAUACAUACAUACUUAUUAGAAGAAGAGUAAAGAAAAACUCAUUAGUGAAUUUCACUUUAGUUCAUAAGUAAAAUUGGUAAUGUGUGUGUAUAUAUAUGUAUAUGCGCAUAUAUUUAUAUGCAGAUGCAAUGCUAUGAAAUUUUAGAAUAUCUGAAUAUAUGUGUAAUAAUUGUACGUAUGCAAGUAUAUUGUUGAUUUGUCAUUCAAAAUAUUAUUGCAAAUUUAUUAAAAAAAAAAAAAUAUGAAAUAUGAAUUUAAAUAAGUAUUUAUUUUAUUGCCAGCUACUUUAUGAUUCGGAAAACAAUUAGAAUAGUUAAAACUAGCGACUAGAAAAACUCUGGGAUUGCCUAAAAAUCGAAUUUAUGCGCCUAAAAAUAUGUUGUUUUCAGCGGUCAUAAAUUACAAUUCUUCUGUUCCCACUAUUUACAAACCCAUAUACAUAGAUGUACGUACCCUGUGAGAAAAUCUCUAAUUCUGAACUGAUGCGCUUCUAGUUCAUUUAGACCCAGUACUGGUUGGCGAUAAAUCUUUCUUUUUCUGACUUUGCAGAGGUGCUCGCUGUUAUUGAUUAGA